CUACCAUGAGCUCCUAAGGUGCAUCCAAAAGGUCUCAAAUGAGUCUACCUUCGUAUUUGCAUGAUAACUGAUAUAUACUCUCAAAAGAGUUGGAAGGUGAUUUAGAGGUCAUCUAGCUCAAGUUCCCACAUGAUGCAGGUCUCCUGUCCGUACCAUUCCUGACCAUCUUUGCCAGCCUUGGGGAGCUCAAUGAAGUAUUACAAGUAAAGCAAGCUGUUCAUAUUAUUUUUUAAUAUUCCUUAACUUGCAGAUUGCUUUUUGCCUGCCAAAAUAUCUAUCUGAGAGCAUACCUUGUCUUCGGAACCACCGCCCCAAAGUGGAAGUGUUUUUGUCUUUGAAGAAUGAUUAGUGAAAAUAAUCACCAGGUGGCAAAGAGGUUCUGAAAAUAAUGACCUAAGCAGAGACACACUCUUAAUGUCUUCCCAUCCCAAAGAGCAUGACACAGUGAGAAAAAAAAGAACAACAAAAAAAAGAACAAAACCACAAUCACCAAUGAAAUAAGAGAGAUUAGCUCUUUUGAGAACUCUUAGUCACUGUUCUUCAGACCACCGAAGCCAAAACAACAGGGGAAACUUUGGUGGAAUGAGGGAAAACUAACCAAGGUUGGAACCUGGUAAAUAAAGGAAAAGAAGAUGACCCAAGAAGUCAAUCUGAAUUCCCUCAAGGAAUUGGAACGCGAAAUGGUGCUACAAGUCCUGUACCGGGAUCAAGUGGUACAAAAGGUUGAGGAGGAGAGAAUAAGGAAACUGAAAUUGCACCUGCAGGAUCUUCGAUGGAGACCAGUAAAGAAUACCAAUCAGGAAUACAAAGAGAAGUCCUGUGCACGAUGCCAGAAGUCUCUGGGCUUGGUGAUAAACCGAGGGGGUGUAUGCCAGGGCUGCAGCCAUCGAGUAUGUUCUGAGUGUCGGGUCUUUUUGAAAAAAACCUACGUAUGGAAAUGCACUGUCUGCUUUGCAGAUGGAGAUGCAAAAAUCAAAACUGGAGAGUGGUUUUUUGAGGAACGAGCCAAGAAAUUUCCAGCUGAAAGCAAACAUGAAACAGCUGGUGCAAAGCUCUUGAAAUCUUAUCAGAAACUGAGCAAAAUUUCUGUGGUUCCUCCCACUCCGCCUCCUGUCAGUGAAAGCCAUUUUGGAUCCAACACAGGGGAACUUGGUCAGCUUAAAGGAUUUAAUAAAUCGAUGGAAAAUUUGUUUCUGUCUCUUACCACACACAUAAAAAAAAUCUCCAAGUCCCAGAAUGACAUGACUUCUGACAAACAUCUUCUAACCACCACUUACAGGGAGGGCAUGGAACGGAAGGAGAGGAGGAGUCAAUCUGAUACUGCCAUCAACUUGACAACCAGGACUGCCAGCUUAUCAGAUCAUCUUAAACUUGGCAACCAAGAGAAUGAUGAAAGUUUUAUUAAUCCCAUCUUGCAGCAAGAAAAUAUUUCACCUACUUUUACUCAUAGCCCUAUGUUCUCUGGUGGCAUCAAACGUGGAAGCCUGGCAAGCAUUAGCAGCACCUGUACAGAAGUGGGCAAUUUUGACAAUGCUAAUGUAACUGGAGAAAUAGAAUUUGCCCUUCAGUAUGACUUUAAGGCUUCUAUGUUAGAAAUCUGCAUCAAAGCCUGUAAGAACCUAGCCUUUGGAGAAGAAAAGAAGAAAAAGUGCAAUCCUUAUAUAAAAACCUAUCUGCUACCGGAUAAAGGCUCUCAGGCCAAGCGAAAGACCAGCGUCAAAAAGAACACCGUGGAUCCUCUCUUUCAGGAGACUUUGAAGUAUCGCGUGGAGUAUUCCCAGCUGCAGACCCGGCUGCUUCAGGUCUCCGUGUGGCACUUGGGAACACUCACUCGGAGAGUGUUUCUUGGAGAAGUUGUGAUUCCUCUGGCGUCCUGGAACUUUGAAGAUAGGGCAUCACAAUCAUUCCAAUGGUAUCAGCUCAAAGCCAAGAAUCACAGAAUCACAGAAUCUCAGAUUUGGAAGAAAUCUCCAAAGUCAUCUAGUUCAACCUCUACCUGAAGAAGAACCUCCUUGUAAAUAUACAUACCCUGCAAGGUUCAUCCAGCCUUGCUCAAAGACCAUCAGGAAAGAAGGGAGCCAUGCCACCCAUCCAAGGCUACCAUUUCCACCUUGGCAUUGCUGGGAAUUUUUUUCUUCAAAUAUCAAUCCUAAGUCAGGCUUGCUGCUCCUUAUGGACCAUAAUUAUACUCUCUGAAGCCGAGUAGAACAAGGGACAGUUCUUUGGACACUCAGAGUCUCCCUUGCCUUUUCUUCAGACUAAGCAUCUUUAGUUCCUUCAAUUGCUCCUCAUAUGACAUGAUCCCGUAGACUUUUACCAUUCUGGUUACCGUCUUCUGGAUAUGCCUGUCAAUGUCCUUAAAAUGUAUAGUCCCAACUGAACAUAGUAGUCCAUAUAUGGGCUGACCAGGGCAGAACACACAUGAUUGAAUUAGCUUUUUCAAGCUGCAAUAUCACUGUUGGUGUAUAUUAAUCAUUUUCUUUUACCCUUACCUUCCCCCUUAGAAUCAAUGCUAAAUACUGGUUCC